AUGCCCACCUUAAGAACGUCGGCCUUGGCGCUAGUUUGCUCUGCUGCAGAAUAUGCCUCCCCAGUAUGGUUAAAUAGUUCGCACUGUAGGAAGAUCGAUGUUCAACUUAAUCAUUCUAUGCGUAUUAUCUCUGGUACUGUCAAAUCGACUCCGACAGAAUGGCUCCCAGUCCUCUGCAAUAUUCUACCGCCACACAUCCGGCGUAAAAAGGCUGCAUGCAGAGAAUGGUCAAAAUAUUUAUCAAAUACAUCCCUUCCAUUACAUCAAGACACGUUAAACCAGAAUCUUAGGCUAAAAUAUAAAAAACCUACUUAUCUAACUUAA